UUUCAUUGACAGUUGACCACAGUUGACAGAUAAAGUUUUGUUUUGUGAGCUUCGUCGUGUGUGUGAUAAAUUUUCGUGUUUAUCAUAUUCUGUUUCUUUCAUACGUUAAAUCUUUAUACACAUUUGUUUGUAGUUUGUGAGUUUUAACUGUGUACAAUUAUUGUAGUGCACUUUGUUUUUUCAACCUACUUUUUAUAAUAUCGUGAACGUUAAUUAUUGUUUAGUGUUCCAACAUGGGAAAGAAAAAAGGAAAGGGAAAAGCCCAGGGGGGCUCUGGUGAGCCAUCUCAGUCCGAAUCGGGAGCUUCCACUCCAUCAACAUCCCAACAACCCCCUCAACAACAACAGAGGCAACGUGGUGGUCCCCAAGGGGAUGCACCGGGUCCACGCCAACAACAGCAGCCUCAGCAACAAGGGGAGCAACAACAGCGAUCUCAACAACAACAAGGGGGGCAACAACAACAGCGGCCUCAACAACAAGGAUGGCAACAACAAGGAAGGCAACAACAACAAGGAAGGCAACACCAACAAGGAAGGCAACAACAACAAGGAAGGCAACACCAACAAGGAAGGCAACACCAACAAGGGGGGCAACAACAAAGGCCUCAACAACAAGGAGGGCAACAACAAUGGCCUCAACAACAAGGAGGUCAACAACAACGGCCUCAACAACAAGGAGGGCAACAACAAUGGCGUCAACAAGGAGGUCAACAACAAUGGCCUCAACAACAAGGAGGUCAACAACAACAAUUCCCAAGUCCACCUCAGCAACAACAACCACUUGGGCCUCCACCAGGAAUGGCUCCUGGUCCAUCUCGACAACAACAACAACAACAACAACGCCGUCCCGGCCCCCAGCAACAACAACAACCUCCAGUCCAGUCCCCUGUCCCUCAUCCUGAGCCCUCAUCUCCUCCAACACAAGAAGUGAGACCUCCAUUGAGUGGUCAAGGCGACUGUCUUUCACGAGCCCUUGACAUUAUACCGGGCAAGAAGGGUAGACGUAUCCAGAUUGAAAGUAAUCAUUUAUCGUUAAAUUUGGGCAAACUCAUGGAGGCGUUCCAUUACGACGUUUCUAUCACUCCAGACACUCCAAAAUCUCUACUUCGCGACGUGAUGAAUCGUUUCGGACAAAAACACUAUCCGAAAAACCAUCCGGCUUUCGAUGGCCGAAAAAAUCUCUAUUCACCGAAAAAAUUGCCACUACCGAAUGACACCAAAAGCGACACAAUUGAAGUCGAAGGCGAAAAUCGAAAAAAAGAGUUCAAAGUUGAGAUUAAAUUAGCGAGAACUGUCGAUUUAUCUCCACUUCAUGAUAUUUUGAAGACUAGACAAUCGCCACAAGACGCCUUGCAAUGUUUGGAUAUCGUCCUCAGAAACGCACCUUCGAACACUUGCAUAAUCGCAGGACGGUGUUUUUUCACGCCUCCACGAGAUGGCCAAAUUGUACAGCUCGGUGACGGCAUGGAAAUGUACUACGGGUUCUACCAAUCAGCAAUCCGAGGCUGGAAAGCCCUCCUCAAUGUCGAUGUCGCCCACAAGGCCUUCCCUAAGGAGAUGAACGUCCUGGAUCUUGUAUGCGAAAUUGGAAGCGAUUACAGGACCACCAUGACGCGAGAACACCUCUCCAGAAACCUCACCGAUAACGUUCAACGCGACGUGGAGAAAUUCCUAAAACAAUUGAAAGUCAAGUAUGAAAUCCCCGGUCAAAGUGCCUCGAAACGUAUUCAUCGUAUUAACGGACUCGGCGCACCGGCCAGUCAAGUCCAAUUUAGGCUCGAUGAUGGUAGCACAACAACAGUGGAGAAAUACUACCAAAAUGUGAAACGUUGCCGUCUCCAAUACCCCCAUUUACCCACAUUGUGGGUUGGUUCGAGAGAACGUGAUUCGAAGAUUCUUCUACCGUUUGAGUUUUGUACAGUGUUGGCGGGACAAGCCAUCAAUCGUAAAAUGAACGAAAAUCAAACUAGCAAUAUGAUCAAAAAAGCGGCGACUUCGACUGAUGUCCGGAAAAGUAAGAUUUUGCAAACUGUGCAUGCAGCGAAUUAUAAUCAUGAUCCCUGUAUUCGGGAGUUUGGAUUUUCGGUGAAUAAUAAUUUCGAGAAAUUGGAUGCUCGUGUUUUGGAACCGCCGGGUUUGUUAUAUGCCCGGAAUGCGGUGGUUAAACCGAGUAGAGGGGUUUGGAGGCCGGAUAGGAAUCAGUUUCUUGUUGGGGCGACUAUCAAUAAAUGGACUGUUGCAUGCGGGACGAGGUAUCCAGCGAGGGGAAUGGACCAGUUGGCCGAUAUGAUUUUCAAGAUGGCUGGUUCGAACGGCAUGCGCAUCACCUCGAAGGCUACUCCCCCGUUCACACACAUUGGGGGUCGCCAAGGGCUGCGUGAUUUCAUCGAUUACUUCAAAAGCAAGCAAGACUUUGACCUUAUCGUGGUGGUGGUCCCCAACACCGGCCCCCAGUACUCGUUUGUGAAGCAAGCGGCUGAAUUGAAUGUCGGUUGUCUCACUCAAUGCAUCAAAGACCGAACCAUUGGGAGACUUAACGCGCAAACGGUUGGGAAUAUUCUCCUGAAAAUCAAUAGCAAGAUGAACGGCACAAACCACAACUUUUCGAUAGGUUCGCGUCCGCCUAUCAUGUCUCGUCCGUGCAUGAUUAUGGGCGCUGAUGUCACACAUCCUAGUCCCGACGCUAAGGACAUACCCAGCGUCGCGGCGGUGACGGCGUCGCACGACCCAAAUGGUUUCAAAUAUAACAUUUGUUGGCGUUUGCAGCCCCCGAAAGUCGAGAUUAUUGAAGAUCUCUGCAAUAUCGCCAAGGAACAGUUGAUGUUCUUCUAUCGAGAGGCUCGUUGUAAACCGGAAACGAUCGUGUUUUUCCGAGAUGGGGUUUCCGAGGGCCAAUUUGAGCAAGUCCAGCGUGCGGAAAUCGCCGCGAUACAAAAAGCGUGUAAAAUGUUACAGAAGGAUGAUUACGAGCCGAAGAUAACGUUUUUGGUGGUGCAGAAAAGACACCACACGAGGCUUUUUCCGACAAAUCCCAGGGAUUCAGAGGAUAAGAAUAAUAAUGUCCCGGCGGGGACUUGUGUGGAUACGCAUAUUACUAAUCCCAGGAUGCAGGACUUUUAUUUGGUCUCGCAUGCGAGUAUACAAGGAGUGGCUAAGCCUACCAAAUACUGCACUCUUUGGGAUGAUAAUAAUAUGAGCAAUGAUGAUAUUGAGGAGAUGGCAUAUUAUCUUUGUCACAUGUUUACGAGGUGCAAUAGAUCGGUUAGUUAUCCAGCACCGACGUAUUAUGCGCAUUUGGCGGCGGCGAGAGCCAAGGUUUAUAUCGAAAACGAUAGAUUGGACCUAACUAAGUUGAAAGUUCAUCAAGACAAGUGUAAGAUCCAGGAGAGCAUCGUUAAAGGAAAACCGAUGUUUUUUGUUUAAAGUGGAGCAUGUAUUGUUUAAUAUUAUGUUAAUGGAUUUUUUGUAUACCUAAUCGUUUGUAAGUUUUAGAAAUGGUUGUUUAAUACCCCCAAAAAAAAUAUAAAGUAAUAGAAACGAUAAUUUUCAAGUUUUGAUGAUUAUUGAUAAAGCAGGAAUCUUCUUAAAAUUACCAUAUUGUAUUUUCAAAAAUAGUUAAACUUUUAUUCACUGUUAAAUUCCUCCAAAAAAAAAUAAAACAAAUAGAAAAAUAAAACAACGCGUUUCGAA